AAGGCCGAGCUGAAAACCUCUUUCUGCAGCGAAGAACUUUUUCCAAACUUGCUCCUUGCUUCACCUUUGAUACCCAUAUGGAAAAACUUCUUUCAUCGCUGCAGAAAGAGGUUUUCAGCUCGGUCUUUUUUGUCACUUUUACAUUACAACAUGAAAUUCAAAACUCUACUUUUGCUUGAAAUUCAGGUUCCAUGGGGAAAAUUCAAUAUUUCAGCAACAAAGCUGAUUGCGCGGUUGGGGUUCUUCAUAGCCGAUGAGGGUCUACAUUUUAAAAAUAGUCUCAUUCAAAAAGGUUUUUAGCACCCUUCAAGAGGUUUCCUCGUCAGAAAAUCGUGCAGGACCGGGAAAAUAAUAACCGCUGAUAAUUACAGUCAGUCUGCCCAUCACUGAGCGAUUGUCGGGUUUUAAAUUGUGUUUGGAAGAGAACAAACAACAAAAUACAGAAUACUUUUAAUCCCGAGGAUAAGCUAAGAAAAUUAAAGAUUUUAGUGGAGGCCAUUUGGGUGAAAUACGUCUUACAAGAUCUGAUGUUUAAUAAGAUCCUACAACAUCACACGUCUACUCGUCGAAGUUUUCUGAAAUGUAGAUUCUCCGUUACAGAUAUGAGUAAAACUCUUUGAAAUUAAAUUUUCAGAAUCUCUAAACCGUCGUUUCUAACAAAGACUUUAAGUUAUGAAAGAUUAAUAUGCAUGAAUACUGUUUUAUUUAUUUUAUUAUCUUUAUCUCUCACGUUUACUAAUUUACAUGUAAGUUGAGAAAUUCAUUUUAAAGCUUAAAUGACAAAUGUUACAUGUUUUCAUUUUAUCUUAAUUACGUUCAUUCUUUGCUUUAGCUGACAAUAAUGUUGUCAUUAUCAUUCCAGUUUUACAGAAUGUGACAGUGAUUAGUGGUCAACGAGCAUUUUUACAAUGUACAUUUCAGGGAAUAAAUGCAGCUCAUCAGUUAAUAUGGAUACGCAACAAUAGAGGUGAUAUUGUUGCACACAAUGCUGAUCUAUUAUCAUCAGAUAAACGUUUAUCCGUUUAUCGUUCCGAAAGUGAAUAUCAACUUUAUAUCAAUAAUGUAAACAUCAAUGAUGAAGGAUAUUACACAUGUGAAACUAACACAAAUCCAACAAAAAAAGCUAACAUACAUUUACAAGUACAAGAAAGUCCACAAAUUCUUAGUAACUUUUCUACAAAAUCACCAGUUAUUGUGAAUGAAGGUACCAAUGUCACGUUAAUGUGUUAUGCAAAAGGACGACCUCAUCCAUAUGUAACUUGGUAUCGAAAAGGAAAUAAAUACGUACUGUCUAAUGGCACCCAGUAUUUGACAUUAAAUAAUGUUUCACGUGUCCAGAGUGGUCAUUAUGAAUGUGUUGCCUAUAAUGGUGUGAAUGGUCAUUCUGUUAGUAAAGAUUUUGAAUUAAGAAUUAUUUGUAAGUACUAA